AUGACUACUGUUAUAGAAGAUGCACAGUGCUCCUUAGAGAACAUCUACACCACAUUAGAGGGUUUAUAUGUAUUAUUUGCUGCAUGUCCCACCCUCAGUGCAGAAACCGGCACCAGUGCCCGAGAGGCACCAGCCAACCAACACAGCAGGACCUCACAUCCCAUCCGUCCCAGAGUGCUGGCGUCCAACAGCCUGCGGUCCCACAGACCAAGCAGCAUCCGACCUACUACCCAUCGACCACCUACUCGAACAAUCGUCCCACCAUGUCGGCGCGCCCCAACACACGUCCCUCCUGCUGGCAAGGCCACCAUCUCCAUCACCCCUCCACCAGUCACAGUCUCCCCCGCCCCCCCCACCAUGCACGCGCACAAGCUCCUCGCUAGAGCUCCACCUCCUUCAUUCAAGAGUACCGCCCCGUACCACCAGCACCACCAUGCACCCGUCACCAACCGCACCAGUCACCACCCACGCUCACCUCCUCCAUCCACCAUACUGCCGCCAUCUACCUGGCCACCACCCUCGCACCACCACCACGCGCCACCCGACCACCAUGCACCAUCCCUGCUAGUCUGCACGCGCCCCCCCCCCCCCCCAGCCCAACCUGACCACACCAAGCCAGCAGCCACCCAGCGCACCCCCACCACCGUCACAGCACCGUCACAGCCCAGGUGGACCAGCCAACAGACACCAGUGGGACCAGUACCCGACCAGGACCACCCCAGGUCCUCCGACCGCUCACCCAUCCCCCCCCCCAUGCGUCCCAGAUGCAGCACACCCGCAGCGAGUCACACCCCCCCCCCAAGACAUAGUAUAAUGGUUCAGUAUGGUGAUAUUGCUAAGAGGAGUGCCAUAAGUUACUGCACUAAAUAG